AUGUCUCCCAUGGCAAGCCGCGCCGUUCUCCGGCAAUCACGGUUUCUGAUCCGCAGAACCGCCAUCAGACACAACUCGUCCACCUCCGAGGCUGCGACCAAAGCCAAGCAAUCAGUCGACCAGACCACGUCCAAGGCUUCAGAGGGCUUGUCCAAGGUCUCCUCCACCGCUGGUCCAGCAAUUGCCGGUGCUGCGCAGAAUAUCGGCAAUGCUUUGCGCAAGGUCGGUGGCCCUGUCGGCAAGGUGGUUACAUUUGUUGAAGGCAUCAUUCCUCCCACAAUCUACUACACCCGCGUUGGCCUCGAGCUUGGCAAGAUUGUAUUCCGUGGUCAGAAGAUGACUCCUCCAAACGUCGCUACCUUCCAAUCAUACUUCCAACCUCUGAUCAACGCUGUCCGCAACCCUUCAACUAUUAAGAACAUUAACUUCUCUCCUCAGAGCCUCAUUAUCCGCGCACGAACUCUUAGCGUCAAGGAGUGGGCUUUGGUCGGUGUUACCACUGCGGAGGUCAUCGGAUUCUUCACCGUGGGCGAAAUCAUUGGCCGCCGUCAUCUUAUUGGAUACCAGGGAGAGCCUGAACACGCGCAUGGUCAUUAG